AGAUGUCUAGAGAGCCAGAGAGAGAGACGAUGGAGUGAUGCGCAAAAAAGACGCGCUCGUGACUUCCUACGUCUCCGGCACUGUCCAAACGCCAAAAUGAAAUGAAUACAUUUCCCGGGGACCCAUGCCCUCAUCUUCCCCGUCCCGCGGAGAUGCCUUCACGUUGCAGGGACUUCUGCGGAGGAACUCAUAACUUUGGCAAUAUGUUUCAUUGGACACUGCGCACAGGAGAGCCCUAUGGAAUAUAGCGCGCACUUUCACUCUGCUCAGCCGGUGAAAAACAAACUUUUCGUCUUCUGCAUCAUGCUCUCGCUGUGGGUGUACAUGCUGUACUGCUGCGUGGGCUACUGCUCCACCACGCCGACGUUUAUGAUGGACGAGAGGAGCAAUAGGAGAGCGCUCCAAAGACAAGACCCGGAGAUGCUCCUUAAAAGCCAGUCCAGGGACCUGCUAAACAACGAUAGCGAUGCCGACAGCAGAGGAGAUGGCUGGGAGGAAAACAAGGGCGAUGCCGCUUAUGACGAGGAUGACUCGGGGAUAGCAGGUGCCGUGAACGGGUCCGAGAGCAAAAAGUUGCCCCAAGCGAUAAUAAUCGGGGUGAAGAAGGGAGGGACGCGCGCGCUGCUCGAGUUUCUGCGCCUGCAUCCUGAUAUCCGCGCUGUGGGAGCGGAGCCGCACUUUUUUGACCGCAACUACGAGAAGGGACUCGAGUGGUACAGGGAACUAAUGCCCAAAACGCUGGACGGUCAGCUGACUAUGGAGAAAACCCCCAGCUACUUUGUAACCAAGGAGGUUCCAGGCCGGAUCCACGCCAUGUCCAGAGACACCAAACUGAUAGUCGUGGUGCGAGUACAGCACUUUUUGGGCCUAAGGAGGGAGGUGACGCACAAACACUUUCACUUUAACCCUGCUAAGGGCUUCCCGUGCCUCAAAAGACCCGAAAGCAACAGCAAACCGCACUGUCUGGGCAAAACUAAAGGGCGCACUCAUCCCAACAUUAACCCUGAGGUGAUUCAAAGACUGAGGGACUUUUACAAGCCAUUUAACAAGAAGUUCUACCACAUGACCGGCCAUGAUUUCGGCUGGGACUGAUUUUUGUUGUUGUUGUUUGGAAAAUAAUGAAUUGUAAAAAGCAUAGAACUUUAUUUUAUAAUAAUUUAUUUGAAGAUAAUAUACUCACUCGGCUGCCUAUCUUGUUUGUUGUGUAUACUGUACAUGUCUACCUUUUUACAUUCCAGUCGAAUCUGUAAGCUUGAUAUUUUGUAUUUUAUAUAAAAGAACGAAAAGGGAAUUGGCAUUGGAAUUCAGACAACGCAAGCUCAUUCUGAAAA